GUUUCGGCAAUUGGCAAGCCAUGGCUGGAGUACCCACGGUCGCGCUCCCUGAGCUCCGCUUACUGCUCUCCGCGGGCCGGGCCCGCCUCUUCGACGUGAGAUCCCGGCAGGAGGCCGCGGCUGGAACCAUCCCUGGGGCGGUUAACAUCCCGGUGACCGAGCUGCAAAGAGCCCUGCAGAUGGAGCCAACCGCUUUCCAGGCUUUGUACUCUGCUCAGAAGCCAAGGCUGGACGAGGAGAACCUCGUUUUCUUCUGUCAGAUGGGCAAACGGGGCCAGCAGGCUACGCAGUUGGCCCGGGCCCUUGGAUACACAGGGGCUCGCCACUACGCUGGGGCCUAUAGAGAAUGGCUGCAGAAAAUGGGUUAGUUAGAAGGUGGUUUACUGAUUGGUCCAGCCCCAACCCGACUCCUCUCAAAUGACACUUCUGGGCCACCUUCACUAGGCCUGAUGAAUGAGCUGACCUGCUGGGCUGUGUAACUCCUUGUGUUGUGCACACCAAAACAUCAAAUAAAGAGCAACUUAGUCAGA